AUGACGUACGACAACGAUGCUGAGGAAAGAGGCACGUCCGGCUCGCGCACUCCACUCCUUGGAAGAUCAGCGCAUCAGAGGAUAGGACAGGAGAGCGAAGGCCCUAGAUGGACCUUGACGAGUGUCCUACAGUUCUUUGGUGGUGGCAUCUAUGCUCCCGACUCCACCACGUAUGACCCCCUGGAGAUUUUGCUCAACACCGAAGACGCAGACGAAAAAGACGAACUCACUACGUUAUGGCGAGACAACAAGCUCAGUGAGCUCAACUUCGUCGGCGUUGUGGCAGCGCUUUUAGCUGGCGUCCUCACAUCCACCGGAAGCUGGCCGAACAUCUUGCCAAAUGGGAAAGAAUCGCCAUGGUCUGUGCGCACAUCAUGGUACUGCGGUAUCAUAUUGUCGCUUUUCAGCAUCCUUACAGCUGCUGAUCAAACCGUACGACUGCACCGGCUUUCAUCACAUCGCGAUGGAUUAGCCAACAUUCGAAAGCUGAUUUCCAAGACGAAUGGCGAGAAGAGCCACUCAUCCAAGACUGGACGUCGGACACCUAGCUUGCUACAAAUCGUCACAUGGCAAAUGCCAGUGAUGUUUUUGACUUCCGCUACUGUCUGCAUGGUCGUUGGAAUGUUCCUGCAUGUCUGGUCCGCCACCACACACCUGCACCAUCCAACACUGUGGGACGAUAACACUAAGGUUGCAAUCACGUUUAGUACUCUCACCGCAUUUGUUCUAUACGUUGCUCACAAACUCAACCACGACCUCUAUAUCACAACAUCUUCCCCCACACCAGCACUUCCCGUAUAUAAUCCGCCUAAGCGACACCUCAUGGCGACCGUAUCAACAGCGGGCUCGUACGAGCAGUACAAGCUUGACACCAACCGGUUCAUCUUUUGGCUCAUCGACACUGCGCAUAAGCGGGACUACGACAUCGCUGAUCCAGCUAAGAUUCACCAGCCCUCGAAACGGCUGAAAGGCAAUGCAAGAACGCAAGCAAAUCAAGCGAGCGCCACCUCGACCGCUUCGAAGACGAACUAUAUCAUCUCCACGGAAAAGAUCCUCGACUUAGCGAAGUAUCUCGCAGACCAUAAGGAGACCUCGACAAUGCCUAAGUUUGUUUGGUACUCCUACAAACGGGCUGUAAGAACGCGCCAGGCCUACGCCGACCGCUAUGCUCAGGAAGAACUGUCGGAGACGGCUUCGGACGAUGGCCACAUCUACUUCCUGUGGCUGCUGAAACACUGUCAUACCAUCCUAAAGAAGAAGAUCGCAGUGCAGGCGGUCAGCCGACCGGAGAAUGCAGCACCUGCGCAACUUCGAUUUAACAUCGCGACUGAACCGACUUCAGCGCCAUCUCUCCUUCCGAUACCUGGAUCCGCACCGCAGGCUGUUGAUCAUAGUCAGGAAACCGCACUGGAAGAAAUCACAGCUGCUGAGGCCGAACGAGAAGCAAAAGGUCACAAGCUGGAUGAGCUGGCUCGGAAAUUUGAGCUCGACAUGAAGGUGAAACAAGACGCGGAGGCUGAACUCGAAACGGAGAGGAAAGCCAAAGAAGAGAUCGCUUUGAGGAAGUCUUGUCUGGCGGACGAUAUGCGCAUCAUCGUCGAGCAGCUGGAGUCCGACUGGAACGACACUCACAAGGCCGAUGGCGAUGAAGAUUACUUGGAUGAGACCCGAGCUACUCUCAUGACGGAAGCUGCGUUCCAUCUCAUACGCCACAAGGAAGAGGCCUUGGUACGAGAAGCUCAUGAGAAAGGUCUGCCGCCAUUUGAUCCCUCUCUCGAUAACGACGACUUCUUCGGUAAGACCGCGAAAGCGCUCAGAAAGAUCGAGACCGAGCGACGUUCACAACCAGGAGAAUAUUUGUUCUUCGUAUCGCGGUCGAUCAUCCAAGAUGAUAUUGCGAACCGACACACGAACGAGGACUACGACUUCCUAGUACACUACUUGUUUGAAGCAGCACUAGAACCACAAGCCAGAAGGUCACAUGAGGAGCAGUACCGGAUGCCACUACUAGCAGGAGCAUUAGACGCCACUUCUCGGGCAUACGGUUCGCUAGGUGCUUUCGAAUUUGUCUCAAUGGCUCUGAUAUUCGCUGCCGAGUUGGCGAUCAGAAUUCGAUCGAAAGACAACGAUCAUUCGGCGAGGCAUUACCGACCAAUAUCAUUUCGGGCGGUACAAGAAGAAGUCCAGUUCGCAUCUUGGGACGAGCGGAAAAUCGCCUUCCCACAUUUACUCCAGCAAGUCACAGAUUCAGCGUAUACACACCGAGGUCUGAUCAUUCACCGGCCAUUCUCCCAUGCCCGGUACGCUAAGAUGCGGAUGUUGGCGUCUGAGCAUCUGUUCUGCGGUUUGCAGAACGACUACCCGAUGCCAGUGUGGACUCGUGAAAUUCGAGAUGAGGUGAUGAUGGGUCUCGAGGCGAGAAACGUUGCCAAUGGCAUUGGCGACAGGUCUGCGCGCCAAGUGACCGCCGCUCGGUACGUUCUUCCACCACGGGACGGCGACUUCUUGCGUAACACCAUCCCGACUCUGAGAGCGAAGCUUUCCCUGGUUCACCUUUUGCUGCGCGAGGAAAUGGGCCUCGGCUUUGCGAAUCUCAGCCCGCAAAUCUUCGCCAUAGCCCAUUUGUACAACUGCUUCCAAAAGCGGGGCUGGAUCAACGGGGUCUGGCCGGAGAUUGAGCUCAUCAUGGACCGGCAUUCGAAGAAGAUCUUCUCCACCGCAAUACCCACGAAACCAGAUGAAUUCUACUCGCGCCUACUGCUUGUAGCCGGGUACUCAACCACGUUCAUCAAGAAAACUCGGAAUGCGGACAAGGACGUUUACAGUCGCCGCGAUUUUGGGAAAGCCACCCACAAGACGUGCGAGCUGGAACCACUUCCGAUGACGAAGAUUCUCCGCGACUAUGUCCACCAGAGGGAAACGGGAGUGCGCACCUGGUAUCGCAUGGAUGAGGAGAUGGCCAAGCACAGUAAAGUUUCUUCGCGGACGCAGGGUUCGGGCGACCUGAACAUCUUGUCAUUCAUCAAAGAGCUUCGCAACUCGGAAGAGCUUCCUCGCGUUCUGGACCGCCUGGAAUUUGACUACAUCAGUCUGACGCUGCAAUGCAACGAGCUUUGCGAGAAGAUCGAUACCGAACAAGCACAGCUUAGCGCUACUGGAGGGAAAAUACACAAAGAGGCGGACUGGAAGUCGCCCACCAGCGACGGAUUCAUGAUUGUGGCAACGCUCCUUGGAGAUCUCGACCGCGUUGUGAUGAAGAAGAAGCGCAAUCCCAAGGGAAACAUGGACAUGGCAGAUACGACUAACGUUGUUGACGCAGCUGUUCAAGUGCUGCAAGGCUUCCUGGAUGGGCUGAAGAAGUAG